GGCACAGAUCGAUUUGUCAAUGAAAGGCAGGAGAGGGAGAGAGAGAGAGAGAGAGAGAGAGCAUAUGUUUCUGUGCGGGGUAGCAACAAUGAACAGCUGACCAGGAAUAUUUAAGGCUCUACGAAAAAGUGCAGACAAGGAAUCGGAAGAUGGAAGCCUCUUCGUCUGACAUAACAAACUGUCUGAUAAAUGGACUCCGCCAGAUAUACAAGUCCCAAAGAUUCACUGAUGUCAUCAUAAAUGUGGAGAACCAUUCUUUCCGGUGUCAUCGCGUCAUAUUGUCGUCUGUAUCCACGUACUUCGACGCCAUGUUUUCAUCAGGAAUGAAAGAAUCCAACACAAUGUCCAUUACUCUUCAUAAUAUCGACUCCAAACUGUUUGAGGACGUUCUACAGUAUAUCUAUCUCGACAAAGACAUCGUGUCAGCGGAGAUUGUUGGAGAACUGCUGCAAAUCGCUUACAUGCUUCAGAUCUCGAGCUUACAGUGCAAGUGCGAAGAAUUCAUUUUGAAGAACAUUGAUGCCAGCAACUGUCUGGGAAUUUGGAAGAUGGGUAAAUCGCAUAAUGUGGACACACUUAUUGAAACAAGUUAUCCUUUCAUUCUUAACAUUUUCGAUGAUGUUUGGGAAACCGACGACUUUUUGAAGCUUGGGAAAGACGAUUUGGAAUCUCUACUUUGCGACGAAUGUUUGAGUGUCUCGGGUGAAGAAGUUGUUUGCAAAGCUCUCCUGAGGUGGAUCUCAGCAGACGAAGCUCGCAGGAAAUCAUCCUUUCCCGAACUUUUCUCUCACAUUCGACUUACUUCCGUCUCUCUCGAAUUCUUGCUGGACCAUCUCGAUCAGCAUCCAAUGGUUGUCGAACAUUCUGCUUGCCAAAUGGCGGUGAAGAAUGCCAUCAAGUACCACGCGCUACCUUCAAGACGACAAGAGCUAAUUUGGGACGAAAAGCCGUACAGGAGCAAUACAGAGCAAGAACAAGUAUUGGCAGUCGUAGGAAAACGUCUGGCUAGCGGUGGAACAGUUGUAACAGAGUUUAUUGGAUAUAGUUUUUCAAGCAAGAAGUGGGUCGCCCUUGAGGCAAUUGCUGCCGAUAUAGGAGAAGAUUUUGCGGUGUGUUCCUAUGGCCACGAUAUAUACAUAACUGGUGGAACUGCUAAUAUGUCCACAUGUUUACGGUACUCAGCUAAAUUUUCACAAUGGCGGGAAAGAUCUGGAAUGCAUUUUGGCAGAUACCGACACUCAAUGGUCGCAGUGCCAGAUUCCUUGUUCGUCUUUGGUGGCUACAACUUUGGGACCUUAAAUAGUGUAGAACAAUACGACAUAGGGUCUGAGUCGUGGAAACAGGUUGGGGAGCUUCAGUUUGGAGUGGACGGAAGUUCUGCUGUGGUUAUUGACGAUAAAGUUUACAUCGUUGGUGGAUGUAUGAGCUUCACAGAGGAAUCCGCGGGGAUUCAGUGCUUCGACACCAAGACAUACACGUGUUCGCUGAUCGCCAACCUCCGCACGCCUCCAAAGUUCACCAGUGCUAUCAAGUUUUCGGACUCGGUUCGUAUCGUCUGCAACAACGGAGAGGUAAUCUCUUUCAGUGCUAGGGAAGGCCACCGUGUGAUCCAAAAAAUAAAGAAUUUCUCCAGGAAGAACUUUGGCUUGUUCAUGCAUCAGGGGGCGCUGUGUGUUAUUGGCGGGAACCAGAACGUGUAUUCAGACGACGAGAAACUGUGUUCAGACGUGAUAAGGGUUGCUGGAGAGGAGACAGAAGCGCUAAACGCCUUUGAACUCCCGUUUCCAAUGGAGAUUGUCAGUUGCAUGCGCACUGUCGUUGCUAGGAAAUACCCUCUCCUAGAUUGUCAACAGUUGAUCCGGGAGUUCGUGGACAUAGACUGAUCAGUGCGUGGAAAGGGGGGGGGUCUCUCCCCCCCCCCCCCCAAAGAUCGUAGCUCAUAUGCGCUUCUAACUCAUGUGUCAGAUAUUUGUAUACAUAAGACAGAAUGCGAUGGCUGUAUGUGAUAAAAUUAAUCAGUUUGGUCUCCUUAUUCAUAUUUAUACGUAUUUAAGUUUUAAUUUAUUGAGACAACACAUAUAAUAUUUUCUACUAAAAUAUGUACGUCUAUUUAUGAACUACUGUGUGUGUCUUGAACCCUUUUAUACGUAUUUUGUAUUUAUUUUUAACAUGCACUUUUAUAAUAAAUUACAAACGAAAAUUUUUUAU